UGAUUGGUGUCUAAACGACCACCCGUUUUUGCAGUUCGGUCUUGUUCUCGGCAUCGAAAUGGGGGCUGAAAAGUUGCAGAGUAGCAUUGUGUCGCGCGCGGCUGGCCCUGUAAUAUCAUCACGAUGGACUCUCAUGAGCACAGUCAUGCUGACAAGUACACACCCAUUCGGCCAACCUAAGCGCCCAAUGUCCAACAAACGCUCGUCUACCCUGGUUUGGGGCGAAGCAGCUCGGCAGCAGGCCGACCUACCCGCGUCCACAUCCAUGAAGCUUUGUCUGCCUUUCCUAUGCCCAUGACGCGGCUAAUGAGGCAGACUGGCGCGCGGACGACGCCUAUAUUGUCUCACAUCGAUACUUACUACUCGACGCUCGCAGGAUCAACGACCAUCUUCGCGAUUCCCAGUCGUAAAGGAACGAAGCUUCAUCGCAAGCGUGAUUUGUUCUCGACAAAGCACUUGGCUUUCUGAUGACGGCCCAUCUCGCUACGCUGUUGCCAAGCACUAUCAAUCUGAGUCUUUAGACAUGUCUCUUACGGACAUCAAGUCUGUCUUCCUCGAUGAAAAGGUGCAACUGGCGAUAUUUCUGCUCGUCGUUGUAGUACAUCUCUACAAUGAAAUCGGGCCGUGCCAACACCUUUUGCACCCAUUGUAUAGAAACUUGGCUUCUUUCCUGUCUUACGUUACACAGGUGGUUCGCGACUAUCGGUCCGCGAAAUACUACAAGCCAUGGAAGCCAGCAACACCAAUUAUUAUCGUGUCUUCCAAACAAGAGAUUGCGGAGCUCAGCGAAGCCCCAAAUCUCUCUCAACGAGCUGUGUACGCCGAUAUGUUUGGCUUUAAGCACACCAUGAACAAGCUUGAGCACAAUACGAGCGACCACAGGGUGGUUCGUACACGCUUGUACGGCCGCCUGCUUCAGGUAAACGGGCCUUUGCAUCUGAGUGCACUCUAUCCGCGUCUCGUGGCCCGAUUAGACAGCAGCCUGGACCGCGAGCUCGCCGACGCUCACCUUUUACAAGACGGCGUUUCUUUGCCCGUCGCGCAGACAAUGCGUCGGCUUGUGUCUAAACUCAUGAGUCUAAUGUUCUUUGGAGAGAGCUUGUCUUCCAACGAGGCAUUUGCCAAUGCACUGCUACGCUAUCCCCAAGACAUGGUCAAAUGCAUGGGUGCGUUCCAGAUAACGCCGGCGUUUAUGUCACCUAUCGUACAUGCCCUCCUCACGAACCGCGGCGAGGCCAUGAAACUUAUACAAAGCCGGCUGUUAGAACGCAUGGGUUCGUGCCGCUCAGCUUGGGACGAGCCUGACCAGACUAAGCAUCUCACCAUCAUGCAUAAUAUGGCCGAGCUGACAGAGGCGAGCGACUACUGGAACCCGGAGCUACUGUCGCAGUCCCUUCUCGGGAUCUGGUUCGCUGCUGCGCACCAACCGUGGAUGAACCUGCAUUUCAUCAUGAUAGAGUUGUGUAGCCGACCCGAGUGGCAAGAAGCGCUCCGUCAGGAAAUGCAGCAACAUGCUCCGCUAGACUACAAGACAUUGGAAGCGCUGCCUCUUCUGGAUAGCUUUAUCAAGGAGACAGUGAGGUUGCAGCCCCUGGACACACUUGCAAUCCGCAGAAAGGCACUGGCACCCCACACUUUUGCGCAUGGCUCCGUCUCCGUACCAUCGGGUGCAACGGUCUGCGUGUCGGCAUACGACCUCAUGCAUGAUACGACGACGUAUGCCGAGCCGCAUUCCUUCGACCCCACGAGAUUCUUACCCAAGGAUGGAAAAGGCCAGCGGAAAUUCACAGAAGUGUCAGAGACGUUUCCGGUCUGGGGCUACGGGUCUCUCGCGUGUCCCGGUCGGUUGCACGCGUCGCUGGCGAUGAAGAUGGUGAUGUCGAAACUGCUUCUCACGUACGAUAUGAGACUGGAAGACCCCAAGGCGCGCACGAGAUGGUCCUGGGAGACGUUUACGAUGCCGUAUGAGACGACGAGAAUUGUCUUGAAGGAGCGCUGUUAAUGGGACGUGGAACCGGCGUGUUCAAUGGACGUGGAGCACAUCAAUUUGAUGGUGGAUAGGAGGGCGUUCACAAACUUCUUUUUGCUAGCCUCAAUGAAUUGUCUUGUACAAUUUC